AUGUUCAUUUUGAUUUUCCUCUUGCUGCUCCUGAACAUUCCAAUUCUCAUGUCCAGUUUUACGCACCCCAGGUGUUUUUGGAAAAUGAAGCACAGUAAAGAUAGAAACUUGAAGACAGGUUGCGUCUUCUCUCCAAGAACUGUGCAGUGGCCAGUGGAUAAAGAGUAUUUCAAACAAAUUUUGAAUAUACAAAUACCAGCUGAGAGAAAAAAGUUUGCAUUGGUCUUGGCUUUUACCCUGGAUGAGGUAAACAGGAACCAUGAUCUAUUACCAAAUAAAUCUUUAGUAUUUAGUUUCUACAAAGAUACUUGUUUCAAUGUGUCUAUAUUGUAUAAUGUCGAUAAUAUUAAUGCACAAGACCCUGAUUCGUUCCCUAAUUAUUACUGUGAAGAAGACAUAUGUCAUGUGAUACUUACAGGACCAAGCUGGGAAACAUCUACAAUGAUUCUGAAUUUCAUUUACCUUUGGAAAUCCCUACAGAUCAUUCAAGUUACAUUUGGAUCCUUCCAUCCAAUUCUAAGUGAUCAUGCAAAGUUUCCGUAUCUGUAUCAAAUGGCCCCCAAGGACACAUCUCUAGCCCUGGCCAUGGUCUCUGUCAUACUUCAUUUCAGAUGGAACUGGGUGGGGCUGGUCAUCUCUGACAAUGAUCAGGGCACACAAUUUCUCUCAUAUUUGAGAAGAUACUUGGAAAAAAGUACAAUCUGCCUUGCCUUUUUAAAUAUGAUUCCAAUCAGCAUGCAGUUAUACAUGUCAAGAGCUGAAGUAUAUUAUAACCAAAUCAAGACAUCAUCGGCAAAUGUUGUUAUCAUUUAUGGUGACUCAGACAGUACUCUUGCUGUGAGCUUUCGAAUGUGGGAAUCCCAAGGUUUACAGAGAAUAUGGGUCAUCACCUCACAGUGGGAUGUGCCUAUGAUAGAAAGAGACUUAGUGGUUCAUACAGCCCAAAUGACUCUAGCUUUUGCCCGCCAUCAUGAUAUUUCUGGUUUUAAAAAAUUUGUCCUGGCAAUGAACCCUAUCAAAAAAACAGAUGAUUACCUUACAAGGAUGGAAUGGAUGAACUUCAACUGUGAAGUUUGCACAUCCAAAUGUAAGACACUGAGGAAAUACUCAUGGAAUACCUCUAUGGAAUGGCUACUGAUACAGACUUAUGACAUGGCCCUUAGUGAUGGCAGUUAUGACAUAUACAAUGCUGUGUAUGCUUUAGCCCAUGCACUGCAUGCGUUGGACCUACAACAAGUAGAUACUCAUCCAAUGGACAAAGGGAAAGGACAUGGCUCUAGCUGCUGGAAGCUGAAUUCAUUUCUGAAGAAGACCCAAUUCAGAAAUCCUGUUGGGGGCACAGUUAAUAUGAACCAAAAAGAAGACCUUGACGAGGAGUAUGACAUUUUCCAGAUUUGGAAUUUCCCACAUGGUCUUACAUUUAAAGUGAAAAUAGGGAAGUAUAGUCCAUAUUUUCCACAUGGACAACAGGUACAUGUAUACGAAGAAAUGAUAGAGUGGGUCACAGGAAGUACACAGAUACCACCACCCUCUGUGUGCAGUGCUGAUUGUGGUCCUGGCUUCAUAAAAUUCCAGCAGGAAGGAAUGGCUGUCUGCUGUUUUAAAUGCAAGCCCUGCCCAGAAAAUGAAAUCUCUAAUGAGACAAAUGUAGAUCACUGUGUGAAAUGCCCUGAUGACCAGUUUGCCAACAUAGAGCAGAACCAGUGUCUUCAAAAAGAAAUGAUAUUUCUGAGUUAUGAAGACCCUUUAGGGAUAACUCUUGCCUUAAUAGCCUUGUGCUUCUCGGCAUUCACAGCUCUGGUUCUCGGAGUCUUUGUCAAGAACCAUGACACUCCCAUUGUGAAGGCCAAUAACCAGAAGCUCAGUUACAUCUUGCUCAUCUCACUCUUAUUUUGUUUUCUCUGCCCCCUACUCUUCAUUGGCCAUCCAAACUCAGCUACAUGCAUCUUGCAGCAAAUCACAUUUGGAGUUGUAUUCACUGUGGCUGUUUCCACUGUGCUGGCCAAAACAGUGACUGUUCUUCUGGCUUUCAAAGUCACAGCCCCUGGAAGAAGAAUGAGAUGCUUCUUGGUUUCAGGAGGACCUAACUACAUCAUUGUCAUCUGUACUUUCAUCCAAGUUAUUAUCUGUACAGUCUGGUUGGGAGCUUCUCCUCCCUCUGUUAAUAUUGAUACACACUCUGAGCAUGGUCACAUCAUCAUUGUGUGCAUCAAGGGUUCAUUCACUGCCUUCUACUGUGUCCUGGGAUACCUGGCCAGCCUGGCUCAGGCGAGCUUCACCAUGGCUUUCUUGUCCAGGAAUCUGCCUAACACAUUCAAUGAAGCCAAAUACCUGACUUUUAGCAUGCUGUUGUUCUGCUGUGUCUGGAUCACAUUCCUCCCUGUGUACCAUAGCACCAAGGGUAAGGUCAUAGUAGCUGUGGAAAUUUUCUCCAUCUUGGCUUCCAGUGCUGGGAUGCUGGGAUGCAUCUUUGUUCCCAAGUGCUACAUAAUUUUGGUAAGACCAGCAAGAAAAAUCUCUUCAAAGUGUCAGGGUACUAUCACCUUCCAGAACUGA